UAUUUCAUACUACUAGUUACCUUUGAAAUAUAAUAGAAAUAUAUAAUAUUUUGUGUUAGUCGUUCCACGGUUCACUAGCGGUAACAGGAAGUAGUGUCACUUCGUAAAUCCUCAGAAUAAACCGGGUAACAACGUGCUAGCAGCGUUAGCUCCGUGUGGACAGUAAAAAGCAGGAAGGACGGCGGUUUGUUCGCAGGUAAAAUAUUCCAUUUGUCAACGAAGCAGCGAUGUCUUCACUUCAGUGUUUGAGAGAUUUAAUCAACGGGCGACUAACUGCUGCCGCGGAAGAAAUAUUCACGCACGUAGAAAGAAUCGUCGUCGAGUACGAGGAAGAGGUGGAUCGUCAGCGCAAACUGUUGCAGAUCGUCUGUAAACCUCGACUACAGUUACAGCGGAUAGAGUUUGCACAGCAGAAUAUCUAUCAUGAGGAGGAGGAGGUUCUCACUGAUCAAGAGAGGAACUCCAGUCUGGACCAAGAGGAUCCAGAGUCUCUACAGAUUAAAAAGGAGAAAAUCUGCACCAGUCAGGAGGAGCAGCUUGAACUGAAGCAGGAGGCUGAUACCUUUAUGUUGACUCCUGAUAAUAAAGAAAGUGAUCACAUGGAACCAGAACCAGACACUGACCACCAGCUCCUCUCUGCUGAAGCUGAGAGUCAAGAUCAGACAAAUAUUACAGGUGAAAAGGCCCACAUGUGCAACAUUUGUAAGAAAAGCUUUGUGCGUAAAUAUAACUUCAUGUACCACAUGAGAAUUCACACGGGAGAGAAGCCAUUUUCUUGUGAGACCUGUGGGAAGCGCUUUCGAGGAAAUUCGCAUUUGAUGGAUCACAAAAGAAUUCACACAGGUGAACGGCCAUACUCCUGUGACACAUGUGGGCAGUGUUUUUCAGAGAGCUCGGCGUUAUCUAAACACAAAAUAAUUCACACGGGUGAGAAGCCCCAUGUCUGCAACAUUUGCAAAAGAUGCUUCGGGCUCAAAUGCACUUUGAUUAGACACAUGAGGAUUCACACUGGUGAGAUGCCAUAUCCUUGUGAAACGUGUGGGCAGCUUUUUCGUCACAGACAAAGUUUGCUAAUCCACAAAAGAAAAUUACACAGGUGAGAAGUCUUAUAUGUGUAUAGAAUCAUUGAACAGUACAAUGUUUAACAGAUGUAUUUGACUACCUGUCAUAAAAAGCAAUCUUUCAAAAUCCAUUCCUUUUCAAUUGUAAUGACUUUCUCUUUUUUAUUUCUUUGGUAUGUUGGAAGGUAAUACCUUACGAGUCUUAUUGCUCUUUAUUUUUUGUAAAAUAAAGACUGAAUUUGUGCAUGUUAUAUGUACAUUUCCCCGUAAUAUAAUACAAUAUGGAAGCGUUAUUAAAUGUAUUGUAUAAAGUCUAUAAUGCUUUGUCAUCAAAUAUUUAUUUUUACUUGAAUAAAAUAGAGCUUUUGAUAGG